AUGAUCACCCUUUGUAAAGCACUAAAUAAAGGAAGGGUUCUCUAGUUCUUUUUGAUGAUAGAUGCCUUAAUAAUUCACAUGCAGUCAUACUUUAAAGGUGACGAUAGCUUUUUAAUCAUUGGCUUGGCCUUAGCAGGCUUUCAUUUGAUUAUAUUUUGUUUAGAAUACAUUUGUUAAAAGAGAUUUAACUUAAUCUUGAUAAUAUUGAGCUUGAUUAAAGGCAUAGUGGUAAUAGGAGCUAGCUAUUUAGUGAUGCCAUAAUGGUAAAUUUAUACUGGGAUAGAAAUUGCUUUGAUUAUUCAACUGAAUGAAUAACAUUCAAAAUUAAUAUCAUUAUUUUUCUUUUUGACUUGUAUUACAUUUAUUUGUUUCGGAGAGGUUUCUGAUAUAACAGUUGAGAUUUUGAGAACGAUAGUGAAUUUCUAUUUGAUUCUUUAAAUUUAUAGGAAAAAUGAAAGUGAACAAUUUACGAAUAUGAAAGGUCUAUUAACUUAAAUAUCGUCUGAAGAAUUUUGCAUAUUGGAUAUGGAAUACAAUCCAAUUUAUGAAUCUAAAUUUUUUUAUUCGAUUUUAAAAGAGUAGGUUAUGGGUAUGUCUGAACAGAAUUAGAGUAGAAUAUUUACACCAAGAGAUUAAACUUACAAUUUUGUUAGAUAAUCUAACUGUUACGAAAAUAUUACAACAAGAAACCCUUAAUUGAUUAGCGAUAUAAUUGAUUAAUUAAAAAAGAAAAUUCUCAAAUUAGAAUAAAAAUUAAUUUUAGAGCCAACCAAUAGUUCGCUUUAUUAUCUUAGUAUUUAAAAACUAAAUAUUGAAAACUAAUAAUUUAUAUUGAUUAUCAAACCUAAAAUAAACAACAUUGAAUCAAGCAAACUGCAAUCUUAAUAAUCAUAGGCUUAAGUUUAAACAAUGAUUAAAACCCUUCACAAAGUAUCACAUGACAUGAGAAACCCUUUGAAUGCAAUCAUCAAUAUGCAAUUGUGCUUAUAAGAAUUAAUAGAUCCUGCAUUAUUCCAAAAAUUCUUAAAGCCUUCAUUAAAUUCUUGCCAUUUACUUUUAAAUUUAAUCAAUGAUAUUUUGGAUGCUGCCUAGAUUUAAAAUAAAUCAAUAAGAAUUGUAUGUCAUAAAUUUAAUUUACCCAAGUUGAUUGAGAAGACAAUUUCACUUUUUGAUUUAUUAAAAGAAAAAAAAGGACUAAAUAUUACAUUUAAUUACGAUUCAAAGUUGCCACUAAAAAUAACAUCAGAUAAGCUACGUAUUAGAUAAAUUAUCAUGAAUUUAUUGAGCAAUGCUGUAAAAUAUACAUAGCCAAAAGGGUCCAUUUUAAUUGAAUGCAUUUUAAAUGAAUAAAAAGUUCAUUCAAUUAUUAUUUCUGUGUAGGACUCUGGAUUGGGCAUUAAAAAGGAAAAUCUUAAAUAACUAUUUCAAGAAUUCUCUAAAGUGAAUGAUAAAGAAAAUUAAAAGGCUAAUCCAUUUGGUAUAGGAUUGGGUCUAAUGAUUAGCAACGAAUUAGCUAAAUUACUUUCUUCAGAUCAUUCGUCAGGAAUUUAGGUUUUGUCAGAAUAUGGAAACGGGUCUAAAUUUACUUUUGAAAUAAAAAAUGAAGAGUCAGCUCAAGAAGAUAUUUCAGAUUCUUAGAUAUCUCAUCAAUUAGCUUAAUAGAUACCAUCGUCAUUAGAUUUUAAAAUCUUGUAAAAUAUCACGUAAUAGAGAUCACCUACAGUCUCAAUAGCUAUUCCAAUGAGAGAAAGCAGCAAAAAAAUGAUUUCAAAAAAGAAUCUUAAGGUUUUUAACUUUAUGACCAAUUCAUUAAAUUAUUAGGUCACUCUGAGACAUAGGAAUGAGUCAGAAAGGAAUCUAUCAAAUAGAUCAUAAAUUUAAGGUCGUUUGAUUUAAUGCUUAUUAUAAAAAUGGAAUGAUUGUACUUAACAACAUGCGCCUAUUCUAAUAGUUGAUGACAAUGAGUUUAAUAUUUUAGCCUUGCAGUAUUUGUUGGAAUCAUGUGGAAUAAGCUCAGAUUCGGCUAUGAAUGGGAUAAUAUCCAUAGAGAAAGUGAAUGUAAGAAUGAGAGAGAACAUUCCGUAUUAACUAAUAUUUAUGGAUUUGGAAAUGCCCCUUAUGCUUGGUUUAGAGGCAUCAAAUCGUAUUCGUAAAUUGGAUAAAAAUGUUACAAUAAUAGCAUGUUCUGGACAUUAAUUAACAUCAGAAAUAAUUGAAUAAUUCAAGGACGCUGGAAUAUCAUUUGGGGUUGAAAAGCCAAUCACAAAGAUAAAGUUAAAGGAUUUGUUAAUUAAACUAUCCGACGGGAUAAGAUGUGAUAGUUCAUAAUUUUCCUAGCCAUUUUGA